AUGGACCGCGAAAUCGCAGUCAGUUCCGGCGUGAAUCCCGCGGCUGUAAAAAGCUGGAGGAAGGACGCGGGCCAUCGCGGAACCACUCUCCGCGCGCAAGCCACCAUCCUUGCGCCGCCGCCGCCGCCGCCUGUUGCGGAAGAGCCAGAAGCAAUGACGGACACGGGCAGAGGAGGGGGAGACGGCGGAUCGUUUCGGGGCGGAGACGGCGAAGACGGCGGAAACAACGGGGACGGGCGGUCGGGGGGAAGCGGAGGCGGCGGAGGCGGCGGGGGAGACGCAGGCGGAGACGAGAGCGGGAGGGGCGGAGAUUUCGGCGCGCUCUUGGGAUGGCCGCGCGUCGAGGCGGUUUUGCUGCGGAAGGGCGUAACGCUUCCGGACGACAUGCUGCUACACGCGCGGGAGCACGGUAUAUCGGAAGUGAUUCUUCAGAGGUUCAUGGACCUGCAGAACUCGUCGCUGGGCCCCGCUAUAAGCAACUGCGCCGCGCUUCGUAACCGCCUGCUGAUGGACCCUUCGUUCCUGUUCAAGGUUUUCUCGGAGAUCGCCAUCGACUGCGCGUGCGCGACGUUCGCAGAGGUGCAGAAGCGCGGCGACGAUUUCUGGAAGGAGUUCGACCUCUACCUCUCGGAUAUGCUCGUCGGAAUCAUCCUCGGGGGCGCCGUCGUGGGCUCGCUCGCGCCGGCCGCGAGAUUCGCCACGUCAGCAGCUGGUGGACGGUUCCCGCGCAUUUUACCGCGUGGUGUUUCCGCUGCGCUCUUGGCGCUCCCAAGCAGUGUCUUUGAGGCAUCCCUUCCAGGUCAUAAGUUUUCAGCUGCCCAACGAACUGUCACCCUCUUUGUCAAGGGCGUUGAGUAUGGAGGGUUUGGCUUCGCAUCGGGCCUUCUGGGCCAGGGAAUCGCUAAUGGCGUGAUGAAUCUGAAGAGGUACGCGCUGUAG